AUGGAGUAUGGAAGGUUGGGACCCACCGACCCGGGUGGCUCCACGCGCUCCGACGCACCUCUUACCAAUCCGCCAAGAUCCUCCGGCGAGAAGAAGAUCAUCUUCCUCUCACUCCUCGCCGUCGUUCUCAUCGUCGCCUCCGCCGUUUUAGUAACCACCGUCCGCUCCCGCCUUUCCGGCGAGGAUAAAAACGGGCCUCACUCACGCGCGAAGCCCACACAGGCAAUCUCUCGCACGUGCAGCAAAACUCAGUUCCCAACUCUAUGCGUGAACUCACUCCUCGAUUUCCCAGGUUCCACGGCGGCGUCGGAGAAGGACCUCGUCCACAUUUCCUUCAACAUCACCCUCCAGCGACUCACCAAGUCUCUCUACUCCUCCGCCGCCAUCUCCGCCACCAUGAACUCUCUCGUCCGCGCCGCCUUCGAAGACUGCCUCGAGCUCCUCGACGACUCCAUUGACGCCCUCGCACGCUCCCUCACCUCCCUCGGUUCCUCCUCCUCCUCCUCCGACGUGGUGACGUGGCUCAGCGCCGCCCUAACUAACCAGGACACUUGCGCGGAGGGGUUCGCCGACACGAGCGGCGCCGUCAAAGAUCAAAUGGCCAACAACCUCAAGGACUUGUCGGAGCUGGUGAGUAAUUGUCUCGCGAUAUUCUCUGCCUCCGGCGCCGGCGACGACUUCUCGGGUGUCCCCAUACACAAUAAGAGACGAUUAAUGGCAAUGCGAAACGAUAAUUUCCCGAGAUGGUUGAAUAGACGAGAUAGGAGAUUGUUGAGCUUGCCCGUGUCGGAGAUACAAGCCGAUAUUAUAGUGUCGAAGAGUGGCAAUGGAACGGUUAAGACUAUCUCCGAAGCCAUUAAGAAGGUUCCGGAGUACGGUGGCCGGCGCUUCAUUAUCUACGUCAGGGAAGGAAGGUACGAAGAGGAGAAGUUAAAGGUGGGGAGGAAGAAAACCAAUGUGAUGUUCAUAGGGGACGGGAAGGGUAAGACGGUCAUCACGGGCGGUAAAAAUGUUAAGGAGGGCUUGACCACAUUUCACAGCGCAUCCUUCGCUGCUAGUGGUGCUGGUUUCAUAGCAAGAGACAUGACGUUCGAGAACUACGCCGGGCCGGGAAAGCACCAAGCGGUGGCCCUCCGUGUCGGAGCGGACCAUGCGGUGGUGUACCGCUGCAACAUCAUCGGUUACCAGGACACAAUGUAUGUGCACUCAAACCGUCAAUUCUUCCGGGAAUGUGACAUUUACGGUACGGUGGACAUGAUAUUCGGCAACGCCGCCGUUGUUUUCCAAAACUGCAGUCUCUAUGCUCGCAAGCCCAUGCCCCAACAGAAGAACACCAUCACGGCCCAAAACAGAAAGGAUCCGAAUCAGAACACGGGUAUUUCCAUCCACAAUUGUCGGAUCCUGCCCACCCCGGAUCUGGAAGCAUCCAAAGGUAGCUUCCCAACCUAUCUGGGUCGUCCAUGGAAACUAUACUCUAGAACUGUGUACAUGUUAUCAUACAUGGGGGAUCACAUUCAUCCACGUGGAUGGCUGGAAUGGAAUGCAACCUUUGCUUUAGACACAUUGUAUUAUGGUGAAUACAUGAAUUAUGGGCCGGGUGCAGCCGUUGGCCAACGGGUCAAGUGGCCCGGGUAUCGGGUCAUCACGUCCACCGAUGAAGCAAGCAGAUUCACGGUGGGCCAAUUCAUAAUGGGCUCGUCGUGGUUGCCCCCCACCGGAGUUGCAUUCGAAGCUGGAUUAUCCACCUGAUUGCCAUGUUGGUCC